AUGAGCAAGUUGUUCGCCCUCCACGAGCACACGCUUUGGGUUCAUGGCAACGACUACGAGAGUCGAAUUGUGGGCUUAGUCCGGGACUCCCUGGGGACUUCAGCCCUUGGGCGACUGCACCUCUGCCACGACGCAGAGGUCAAUGCUGCGGGGGUCUUGCUGAUUUCGCGGAGGCGCCCUCUGGUGCAGGAAGAUCUUGUCCGAGAUCAUUUCAUGGCAGUUUUGGCUGUGAUUUUCGAGAUGAGCAUGUACGUCCUCUACCUCCGUUCCAGCCCCGCUCGCUUUGCAGCUUUGCUCGUCGACCCGAAGGAUGACCUUCAAAUGGCUCAAGUGCAAGAUGAGAUUAUGAAAAGCAUCAAACUGGAGUGGACGACAAUCGUGGACAUGGAGAACAAAGAGAGCUCCAACCAGCUGCUUCAGCAGAAGUGCGGUUUCACGAGAUGGCUGUGCUACAGGGAGCCAAUGAGUUGCUUGGAGCUGGAAAAGUGGUCCAUGACGGACAAGGCCAAGGCUCUGCUGCUCAGCUGGCACCCAGGCCUUGCUUUCAGCGCCAAUGUGGAGCAGGUUUUUGCUGCAGUUGAGGAUGGCUGCAAACGUGGAGUGAAAAAUCUCAAGGCGAGCAUGGCCAACCUGCAAUGCCUUUCCAUACGGGCUGUGGAGCAAAAGGUGGCUUUGAAUGAGAAGCGGCAGCAGGCGGGUGAGACAGACCGGCCACGGUCCGUGAAGCUCGGUGUGGAGGACUUCGAGGGCAGCGAGGCCCUCCAGAUGGAUGAGCUUGGCAUGGUGUUCAAGGGCAGCCUUCCUGCCUAUGAGGUGGACGAGACAAAGGUGAAGCAAAGCGACGUCAGACCUGGAAUGCAGGACUGCCUUUUGGAGCAAGAGCAGGUGAAGGCUCUUUCUUUCCGGCUUGAGAAGUAG